UUGAAUAACAACUGAAAUCAUCUAUGCAUGAAUCGCUUCAUGCUUACCUCAGAAAAAGUAGCCUUACCAACCCACAGAGCUGCAAAGUGCAAAUCAAAAAUUGACAACUUCCGGGAGCAAUCGUGUGGCGUAAUCGAGCAGCAAAUAUGGGCGAUAUUAAAGUAACGAUAGAAAUAGGGGGAAGUAAACAAGUGUUUAUUCAACCGUCCGGGCAGAACGUUGAGAAGGUUGACUACAAAACGGUUAAACAAUCUCUAAAGACACUUCAGAAAUCCACAAAUGAUUAUUUAACGGAAAAAAUAACACAGGAAAAGAAUUCAAACCCAUCUGAAAAUUCGAAUUUUCAGCAAGAGGAUGACGAUGAUGAAGAAGACAGCGAAGAUGAUGAAACUGCUGAUCAGAAUGGAGACUUUAAGGAACCUGAAGCCAAACGUCCAAGAUCUGAUGAUGUCACAUAGUC